AAAAAAUGGUGCUGGCUUCUCCAAACCCAAUAACGAGUGAUAGGAUCCUAUCCACCACCAUUGAGCUUCCGGUGGUGGACCUUAAGGGAGAUAGGUCGGUGGUGUCAAAGCUCAUCGUGAAAGCAUGUGAAGACUUUGGUUUCUUCAAGGUCAUCAACCAUGGUGUCAAUCAAGAAACCAUAGCCACAAUAGAAGAAGCCGCCUUUGGUUUCUUUGGCAAACCAAUGAGCCAGAAGAAAAUGGCUGCACCUGUCUAUGGAUGCAAGAACAUUGGCUUCAAUGGUGACAUGGGUGAGGUCGAGUACCUUCUUCUCAAUGCUACCUCUAACUCCUCCUCCAUUCUUCAUCACAUUUCCAAUGUCCCUUCUAACUUCAGGUGUAUAGUGAGUGCAUACACAGAAGAAGUGAGGGAGGUAGCAUGUGAGAUAUUGGAGCUAAUUGCAGAGGGACUGGGGGUCCCGGACACUUCGCUCUUCAGCAAACUCAUCAAAGACUCUGAAAGUGACUCACUUCUGAGACUCAAUCACUACCCUCCUCUUCCUAUUCCCCCCAUUCAUCACUGCACCACCGAUUGGGACAACUCCUCCAAUAAGGUUGUUGGCUUUGGAGAGCAUUCUGACCCUCAGAUCUUGACCAUCCUCAGAUCCAACGAUGUUCCUGGCCUCCAGAUCUCCCUCCAAGAUGGUCUCUGGGUCCCAGUCAUCCCUGACCCCUCUGCUUUCUUUGUUAAUGUGGGUGAUGUACUUGAGGUUAUGACAAAUGGAAGAUUUGCAAGUGUGAGACACAGGGCAAUGACCAACUCACAGAAAUCAAGAAUGUCAAUGGCAUAUUUUGGGGCUCCACCACUAACUGCACGUAUCGUUGCUCCACCAGUUUUGGUUACACCACAGACCCCCUCUCUCUUCCGACCUUUCACUUGGGCCGACUACAAGAAAGCCACUUACUCUCUCAGGCUUGGAGACACUCGCAUUGACCUCUUCAGAAAUCGCAAAGACUUUUGACUUUUGACUUUUGACUUUUAGUUCAUGUUAAUUAUUACUGCUUCUUUUCCUCUUCUUAAUAUCUCUGCACUUUCCUUCUUCCUAUUCCAAAUUGUAAAGCCUCUCUUUUUCUUUAACCAGGCAAUCAAAGUUUC